UAAUUCCAUUUACUGACAUCCACACAGAUAUAGCAUUACAUCAAAUAUCAAAAACGACAUAUUUCAAAUUUCUGUUCAUCGCGAUGUAUCAAAAUAGUCCAUUUUAUUCAACAAGCAGUAAUGUUUACAAUGAAUCAUUUAAAAAUUUCGCACCCACAAGUAUACUAGGUCAAAAUGUGAUUGUUUCACAAGAACAAGAGAGAAGAAUAUCGGAUGUUCUCAACACUGCAAUCAUUGGUGUAGAACCAAGCGCUUGUUUUGCACAAAAUAUACCAAUUCAAGCAGCACAAAAACGGAUUGUUCCUGGAGGGGUAAUUUUUAGUUUCCCUGCAGAAAGCCCUAACCAGCAGCAGUUUUGUCCUUGCCAUCCAAUAAGUACUCAGCCUAGGUCAAGUGAAAUUGUACAGUCAGGUUCUCCAUCAGCAUUAGAGCAACAACGUGCCUUGGAUGCUAUCCAAAAGGGAGGACUGGAAUUUAUGCAAUAUCAAGAACAUUUACACAAGCAUCCAUUUCAGUUGAAAUUCCAUUAUGAUGUAUCCACCUCAUGUACAGAUUUAUCAAGUCUAUUUUACAGAACCCAACAGACUAAAGAUGACACCAAAGAAUACAGAAAGGUAGCUUUUGCAAUGGAAGACAAAUAUGUUCAGAUGACAACUGAAUGUAUUUGCGGAUUCAAAAAAUGUGAAAAAGAAAAAAGAAGGCAACUUAAAAAAAACAGUAAAGGUACAAAAAACAAACAGUCGGGCCGUAUUUAUAGUUCGGAAGAUGAGUUAUAUAACUCUAACCAGAGUGAGAGCGAACGUAGUGAAUUAGAUUAGGAUAAUGGUAUUAUCCACGUCUCUAUUAAUAAAGAA